CUGUACAAGGUCGGCAGCUUCUUAAUUUGUAAUCAUAGAACUCCCAUCACCAAACUCAUCAGUUUUCAGUUCGUUCGUAUGGUUUUCCUUCUUUUAGUUUCAAGAGGAGACGAGACAGAAGGAGCGAUCGAUGGCAGCCUCGGUUGUUUCUGCUGUAACAAAACUUGGUGAACUGCUCAUUCAAGAAGCUGUUUUCCUGUCCGAUGUGAGAGAACAAGUUGAAGAGCUGCAAAAUGAACUUGAGCGGAUGCGAUGCUUCUUGAAAGAUGCAGAGGCGAAGCAAUUAAAUGAUGAAAGGGUCCACAACUGGGUUCGGGAGAUCAGAGAGGUUGCUCACGAAACGGAGGAUGCCGUUGACACCUACAUCUACCAGAAAGCAUCAAACAAAUUUGGAAGAGAAGGAUGGACGGGCGCCCCAAAGAGGUUCUUUUGCAUAGUUAGCGAUUUGAUCGAUCUCCACAGAUUUGGAAAGAAGUUUGGAAAAAUAAAGAAUAAGAUCACUAGCAUAUCUGAAAGUCGACCAAUUUUCGGCAUCCAAAAUAUCGAAGACAAAAGAGAAGGAUCGAGCUCUUCAGCCGAGAUGCAGCAGCAACUGAGACGAACCUACUCACAUGUUGUGGAAGAGGAUGUCACAGGCUUGGAACAAGACACAAAGAAACUGGUGGCCAAGUUGGUCCACGAGGAGGAGGAGGAGGGACGACAGUUCGUGGUCUCUAUUGUUGGUAUGGGCGGUCUGGGAAAGACUACUUUGGCCAAGCAAAUCUAUCAUCAUGAUGAAGUAAAGCGCCACUUUGAUUGUUAUGCUUGGAUUUUCAUAUCCCAGCGACCCAGAUUCAGAGAUAUAUUGCUGAAGAUUCUGAAAGAUGCCAUUUAUCUAAGCGACAACAAGAAGAAGAUGAUGGAAACAUUAAACGAAGAUGAGCUGGUGCGGAUGCUUUAUAGAAUGCUUCAAACAAAAUUAUAUCUAGUGGUUCUCGAUGAUUUAUGGAAAAAGGAGGAUUGGGAUCGUCUAAGGCCUGCAUUUCCAAAAGGGAAGACGGGAAGUAAGAUAAUGAUCACCACUCGGAAUAAGGAAGUUGCACUGUCUGCUGAUCCAUACAGUAUUCCCCAUGAACCUCGAUGCCUAACACCAGAGAAGAGUUGGGAACUGCUUUGCAAGAAAGCAUUUCGCACUAGCUUUUGCCCUUUUCCAGAUUUGGAGAAGAUGGGAAAGGAGAUGGUGGCAAAUUGUGGUGGCCUACCUCUAGCCAUCGUUGUGCUAGGGGGGUUAUUAGCCACGAAGAAAUCAUCCCCAAGUGAGUGGAAGAAGGUACAUGACAGUAUUGAUUCCAUCUUCACCAAAGAUGAAGAGAAAGGAGUCAUGGGCAUAUUAGCUUUGAGCUACCAUGAUUUGCCUUAUGAACUGAAGCCUUGUUUCUUAUACUUUGGAGUUUUGCCUGAAGAUUUCCAGAUUCGUAGAAGAAAGUUAAUCCAGUUGUGGAUUGCUGAAGGGUUCAUAUCAGGGGAAGGAAAAGAAAGAAUGGAGGUCGUCGCGAAAAGAUAUUUAGAGGAUCUGGUGGACAGGUGCAUGGUUCAAAUGGCAAAAGCAGAAUCGAAGUGGAGUUGGACGGGUUGGAUAACAUGUAACGUUCAUGAUCUGAUGCGAGAUUUGUGCGUGCAGAAGUCAAGAGAGCAAAAUUUCAUCGGGGUUUACCCAGAAGACAAUUCAAAUAAAUUGAGGAGACAAGCUAUCCAUUUUGAGCAUGAAAGGUACGUUUCCUCUAUGCAACAGCAAGCCCAAACAACUUCACAUCUACGAUCUCUUCUGUUUUUUGAGAAUGCUGUAGCUGAUACACAAACAGUAAUGACGAAGAAGCAACUCAGUACUAUUUGUAGGGGAUUCAAAUUACUUAGAGUCUUAGACCUUCAGGGAUCUAAAUGUUUAAAAAGUCUACCUGCAGAAAUAGGAUCACUAAUCCACUUGAGGUACUUGGGGCUAAGUCUUACAGGUAUAAAACAGCUCCCAUCAUCUAUUGGCAAUUUACUGAGUUUGCAAUUUCUAUAUUUAGACACUGAAUGGGAUACAAUUAUACCGAACGUGAUAUGGAAGAUGGAAAAUUUAAGACAUUUAUAUGUCAAUUCCUGUGGCUACUUGCGGGUGGAUACUCUGUCAAACCUGCAAAGCUUAAAUUGUAUCACGGCGAACAGCUGGGUAAGGCAAGACUUGAGCAAGUUGACUCAUCUUCGGAAGCUAUGGAUCAAGGAGAUUUCGACAACCCAAGUUGAAGCAAUACUCAAAUCUGUCAUUCAGUUUUUCUACCUAAGAAAUUUGUCAUUGUAUUUGCAGCGGCAAUCAGGAGAAGUAGAAAUGUUUCAAAGUCUUUCAGCGCUUUCUUCUUGUCAUGAUCUUCUUAAUCUGACGUUGUCAGGAAAGAUAGAGAAGUUACCUGAACCACAUGAGUUUCCAGAAAAACUCGGCAAGCUAUUUCUGCAACAUUCUUUAUUAGAAGACCCCUUUUUAGUACUUGGGAAGCUACCAAAUUUGAAGAUACUUGUAUUGUUUAACUCAUAUGUGGGGAAGCAGAUGGUUUGGUUGGGAAAUGAAUUUCCACUACUUGAGUUUCUACAUAUUAGUUUCCAUAUGGAAGUUGAGGAAUGGAGAGUAGAGGAAGGAGCAAUGCCAAGACUGAGGAUUUUGAACAUUGGAUAUUGCAAAAAUCUGAGAAUGGUUCCAAAAGGAUUACAAUCCAUCACUAGCCUCCAACAAUUAAAGUUGUAUGGGAUGAGAGGAUCAUUAUUCAUGGACAAGCUGCAGGGAGAAGAUCGUCACAAUGUUCAACACAUACCCUCUGUUCUCAUCAACGAAACUGCUGAGCAGAGGUUCUUGGAACGCGGUCAACAAGCUCCGACACUAGGGUUCUUCCAACCUACGCGAGUCUUGGAAGGUAUGAACAAUCCGGAACAACUCAUUCUCAAUGAACCACGACUCGGGUUAUUCGAUCGAGGUAUGCAAGCUCCAAAACUCGGGUUCUUCCAACGUGCUACGCGGGACUUGGAAGGCAUGAUCAAUCCGGAGCAACUCUUGCUCAAUGCUCCGCGACUCGGGCUCUUCCAAGGUGCUACGCGGGACUUGGAAGGUAUGAGAAAUCCGGGACUCCGGAGCAGUUCAUGUUCAAAUGUGAACUAAAUUUAAAUUUAGGAUAUUAUACACCUGAAACUCACCAUGAUUUUCAGUAUUUAUUGUUCAAAAUCCACCAAAAAUUGUAAACAUAAACAUUUAAAUAAUUUAUAUGACCAAAUUACCCUGAUUGUGUCCAAUACCUACAUUAUCGUCAACACUAUCCUUC